GUACAGCAUCGGUUCCAAAUCUUUUUCGCGAUUGUCAUCUUCAUCUCCGGACCUGUCCUGCCGCUGCUGCUGCUGCUCCGGUGCAGCUUCAUUGUUUCCGAUGAAGUAAAUUGCAACGUGUGCGUGUGUGUGAGCAGAAAAGAGGAAAACGCAGGCUGGAUGGACAGAGCUUGAAGCAUUUCGAUCUGCAAGCAGGACGCGUGAAGUCAAGACGUGAAGCAAAAAAAAAACGAAAAGCGAUUUUAGUAAAAGACGAGGGCACGUUAGGUUUUGUGUUUUGUGCAAAAAAUUGUGUACCGAAGAGAUUUGAAGAGCAAGAGGAACGGAGUAAAUCAAGCGACAUUUUAACGAGCGAAAGGAGCGCGAUUGAAGACCAGUGCGAAGGAAGGCGAGGCGACAGAUACUGGCAUCCAACACACACAUUGCGACCAUGAAAAAGCGAUUGGAUAGGCUGCGCAAAUCUAAAAUGGCCGAAGGUAAUGGUGAGGUUGUAGAAGAGAUGGCAAAUCAAAAAUCAGGCGAGGGUGGCGACGGCGAACGAACGCAGGACUACUCAAAGCUGCUGGAAUAUGGACUACAUAAGAUGGUUGCCGGCCGGUUGGACGACAUCUACAAAACGGGCAAGCUGGCCCACUCGGAACUAGAUGAGCGGGCGUUGGAUGCGCUGAAGGAAUUCCAUGUAGAAGGUGCCUUGGACGUACUGGACCAGUUCCUAGACUCAAACCUCGAACAUGUGUCGAACAAAUCGGCGUUCCUCUGCGGUGUCAUGAAAACGUACAGACAAAAAGUGCGGGCCACGCAACAAGGACAACCGGCACCUGCAGUCACAGUACAAGCGAAGGGGCCCGACGAGGAGAAAAUUAAAGCAAUUCUCGAACGAACAGGCUACACAUUGGACGUCACCACAGGACAGCGCAAGUACGGUGGGCCACCGCCAAACUGGACGGGCAACACGCCCGGCAACGGUUGCGAGGUGUUCUGUGGCAAAAUACCAAAAGAUAUGUACGAGGACGAGCUGAUCCCGCUGUUCGAGAAGUGUGGCAAGAUCUGGGACCUCCGGCUAAUGAUGGACCCGAUGACCGGCACCAACCGGGGUUACGCCUUCGUUACCUUCACCUCACGGGAUGCGGCCUCGAACGCCGUACGGGAGCUCAAUAAUUAUGAAAUAAAGCCCGGCAAUUGUUUGAAAAUAAAUGUAAGCGUGCCGAAUCUGCGCCUCUUUGUAGGCAACAUACCUAAAUCUAAAGGAAAAGAAGAGAUUUUAGAUGAAUUUGGUAAACUAACAGCGGGACUUGUGGAGGUAAUUAUUUAUAGCUCACCAGACGACAAGAAAAAGAACCGAGGCUUCUGCUUCCUCGAGUACGAAUCACACAAGGCAGCCUCUUUGGCAAAGCGGCGACUAGGCACCGGACGGAUAAAGGUAUGGAAUUGUGAUAUAAUAGUAGACUGGGCAGACCCACAGGAGGAACCGGACGAACAAACGAUGAGCAAGGUCAAAGUAUUAUACGUACGAAACCUAACACAAGACACGAGCGAAGAAAAACUGAAGGAAAGCUUCGAACAGUUCGGCCGUGUUGAGCGAGUGAAGAAAAUUAAAGACUACGCAUUUGUUCACUUCGAGGAUCGCGACAAUGCCGUAAAAGCAAUGAAGGAUCUGGAUGGUAAAGAAGUCGGUGGAUCCAACAUAGAAGUAUCGCUAGCUAAGCCCCCGUCCGACAAAAAGAAAAAGGAAGAAAUACUACGAGCCCGCGAAAGGCGCAUGACUCAGUUUCUGCAAACUAGAAUAGGUUUGGUGAAUACGGUUCCAUCGUUUCCCAGUAUGUCGCCGCAGCAUGCUGGUAUGAUGCCGGGCGCAAUGCCACCGAUGCGAGUGCCGAGCGGACCGGGAGGUCCACGGGCUCCGAUGCGGGGCGGCCCAAUGGGCGGCCGGGGCGAGUACGCAAUCGGUAAACGCAAAUUCGAAGGAGGUCCUCACAAUCAAGGGGACAUCAAACGACGCUAUGGAGCAUUAGCAAAUUUUGGUAACAGCUGGGGCAGCCAACCAUUGCCCCAGCAGCCACUAGGAGCAAACGGUGGAGAGCAAUGGUAUACCGACACCUACUCGGCGUGGAGCUAAGCAAACUAUACACACACACACAAACAUACCCAACCCCCCACAACAUAACCCCCCCCCCUCCUCUCCCCCUUCUUCCCCAAUCAACAACUCAUACCCACCCCACCAACAUUAAGCUACGGUAAAGGCGCCUACUGACACAGCAAUAAACACAGAUGUUCGACGAAAACAAAGGCGGUGAUGCGUUUGGCAUAAAACGUAUUUCGGGAGGCGGCGCGUUUGAAGUAUGUUCAUUAUGUGCCCGACACCAAAUUCAACUCUUUCGCUCGGUCUUGAUUGAUCGACAAAGCACGGCUUACUCGAAACGUUAAAAACUUUGUUAAACAUUCGGAGAAGCAGUGACAGCGUGGAGAGGGUGAACCGCUUAAACCGAGCUAGAGACAGGAGAAUAGGAGCAGGGACUUGUGGUAUACAAAUAACUUUAGGCAAACAAAGCAACUGGCGAUUGGCGAUAAACUGGGGCACCACCAAUUGUGGAAGACUGUUGUGCCAGAAGCCGGAAGAAAGGGAAGAUAAAAAAAGGGAGUACAUUACAAAAUUAAGCAAAAACCGACUGAUUUUAUUUGUGGCAUUAUUCUAAUGACAAUUAUUCUCAAACUUAACGAAAUUCGUUCGAGCACAUUGAAAAUCGUAUAUUAGAAUAGAACUCAUUCGCAAAAAAAAUCUUCAAACAGCAGUGAGAUGGGUAAAAAAACGCGCGAAGAGAGCGAGAGAGAGAAAUGAAUGUUCUAAAGGAAUGAAAUUUGUGCUAAAAUUUAAAAUUUUACUAAAACAUGAAGACAGGGACAAAAAAACGUUGUGUAGCAGAUGAAGCAGCAGGUACCAGGGGUUAUUGUGUGCAUCAUUACAAAAAAAAGGGGGAAGGAACGCAAUCAUCAAACCGGGGGUCGAUUAGUUCAUGAUUUUCGUCAAAGUCGUCGUUCCCCUCUCGCACACCGCCAUCGUAAUUUUCACUUAAAGUUUUCUAUCAUCAAAUAAUACAUAUUUACUCCACGCUGAGAUAGGUAUAGUUAGAGGAUACGCGAGCCCAGCAAAACACUGGCACGAAACGCGUGCGUAGCAAUUCAAACAAGUAUGAUAAUGCAAGGAAACAAAACAAAAAAAAAUCGAGAUCUCCACCGUUUUACAAAAUCGAUAAUGGCAAGGAUGUAGUUUAUGUAGAUGUCGGGCGCAAAACAUAAAACCAACGCGGAAGAGUUGCUCCAGGGGCUUGAUUACCAAUAAUUUCUAAUUGCUUGUGUGUAAGAGGAGAAGAAAAGGGCCCGGUGGGCAGAGAAAACGGGAGGGAACCGUCACAAUGUAAACGAGAUGACGGCGUUGCAGCCAGUGUAAAGGAAUGGUUAAAUAAGCGUGAUUAAGAUUAUGUUCUUGAUUAUUUUCAUUUUUAAUUUCGGCGCUACUAUUUUUUUGGACAACAAAAGGGAAGCUGGCAGAAAAUGAAGAAACAAAACAAAAAAAGAAAUCCCAAACCUAGGAGAAAUGCAACAUCAGGGGACAGACAGAGAGAGAGAGAGAGAGAGAGAGAGAGAGAGAAAGAGAUGUGUGGUAAACGGGAGAAAAUAACGUCGGAAAACACAGUCAUUCUGUCAGGAGCACAUUUAUACACACAAGAAAGAGAAAAAAAAAUUGAAAAGCAAAACGCAAAACUCUAAUCGUGAUAGUAAGUGAAGGUCGAGCAUUCGAUUCGUGAAAGUUUUUUUUUUAAUAAUGUUUCGUUAGUAAAAAUCGUGAAAAGAGAAAAAAGUUUAUUUUGAGUUAUGUUGGAUUUGUUUUGUAUUGUUCUUGUUCCUCCAAUUUAAUUUUUCGAGACAAAACAAAGCGCAAAACAUUUUCUUGCGUAUUGAGACAAGUGUAUAUAUAGAGAGAGAGAGAGCGAAUGCUUAAAAAACGAAUCAAAUAAGGAGCGAUAGAGGGAGAGGGAGAGCAAAGUUAUCCGAUUGCGAAAUAUACGGUGUGCGAAAUCGUUGACGAUUUGAAAUAGACAACACCUCAAGUUUUUUGUUUUAAAAUCGUGUUUUGUUCUUUCCAGAAGAAUAUUUAUGUGUACAAUUCAGGCCAAUCGGUAAAAAAGUAUAAAGUGAAACUGACCUUAAAUCUGUGGUGUGUGAUAUAUUCGGAAAAAAUAUGAAGAAAUUUAGUUACGAAGAAGAAAACCCAGGAGGAGAAAGGGAAAACCCCCUCGGCAAAAACCAGUCACGGUAAAUAAUGUAAAAUAAUAUGCUAAAAAAACCCAUAGUGAAAGGGUAUAAAAAGUUGAUUCUAGGCUUAUUUUUGGUUGUAUAAGUUUAAACGUAAUGCAAAGUUAAAAAAAAGCAGGACUAAAAAGUGUGUAGACAAAAAAAACAAACAAACAGAAAGCAAAGUGAAUCAAGAAAGCAAAAUUAGUGUUCAAAUUUAUUAAGAAGAAUUGAAAUUAACAAUUUAAAAGUGAUUCAAUUGGUAAUGCUUCCUUUACGGGAGAGCAAGUAUUAUUUGGAUGAGGGAAAGAGAAAAGGAGACAGCGAGAGAGAGAGAAGGGAGAAGAGAAAAAACGUUAUUCUGUACUGGGUGCUUGAUUGGCCAACUAAAUUUAAACAAAACCUUUGGCUCGUAUUUCACGUAUUACUCUUUCGUUAUAUGUUUUCGGUAACUGUUGCCACCCGUCAAACCCUGACACUGUGAGGUUUUGCCAAGCGCGGUAUAAAAAUAUUAAACGAAGAAGAAAACUAAAAAACAAUCCCGUGUUCAUUAGAAUCAUUAGAAGCAAAAUUGUAUUCGAAAGCCAUGAUAACCGUUUUUUUUUUUCUUUUUGGCGAAAGCACAUUUUGGAUAAACGAUAAAAAUUAUGGUGCAAAAAAAGGAAACAAGUAAAAAGGAUAAAAGUGAUAGCGUUUGAUAAAAAAAAACAGUAAAAUACUCUUCAUAGACGAGUGCAGCAUAGUGCAAAAAAGUGCAAAAGGCAAAGUGAAAAGAAUGCGAGAAAAGAAUGCAGAAAAGGGAAUGAAAACUAUACACGAAGACAAUAUAUCAACAAAAACAAAGGAAAGAAAACAAGUGGUAUAAUUAAAGCGACACUUUAAACAAAUACGAUAACGAAGAAGCACAUCGUAAAGGCUUAACAACGGAUUAACUGAGGCAGGCAGAUGAAUUAACUUACAACUUUGAUUUCUGUGUGUGUUUUUUUUAUGUUUGUUAGGAAUGGCAGGAGAGAAAGCAAGGCAGAGGAGGAGAAGGGUAGGAGAUAUAGGAGGAAUCAAUGUUUGCAAUACACAAAUGAAUCACGCAAAGUGAAACGAAACAUUAAAAUUAUAAUUAUAUAUACACAUCAACACUCAAACACACACACGCAAAACGCCAACACGUAACUAAAAGAAUGCAUAACGAGUAUGUAAGCACACGUGAACACGGAGACGGUUCGGGGGUUUGUGGAUGAGCAGGCAAACAUCAUUAGAAUGUCCCAUAGCGUCGGGAAUGCUGCUGCUGCUGCUGCUGCUGCUACUACUGCCGCUGCCGCUGGAAUGUAGAAGGCUAAACACAGGCUGUUAGUUAUACGCGCGACACUAAUCCCAGCGAGAACGGCGAGAUUCAUUUUGUUUUCCUUUCCCAUUUUGUUAUAUCAAACGAAGUUGUACCCGUUGGCUUAGUCCACCAAUUUACAUACAAUAAAACUAGUAUCGCAGAACGCUGAACACGCUAACGCUACGAACGAACGAACGGAUGCGGGCAUAAGACCGGAGAGAACGGAUUAACAGCGACAAACGGAAACUAACGCAAUCGAACCUUAUCGACAAUUAGCAUUGUACUUUACAUUGGUAGUAUAAAACAAACAAAAAAUCCCUUACCGAUUGAUAGCAACAAAUAGCAACCAUUCAACAGUGUGACGUCAACUGCAGCAUAUGAACUAAAACAAUUAAAUAUCCUCAAUGUAGACAAACUGACGGUACCCGUGAGCGCACGAACACGAGAUGUGCAUACAAUAGGAGCAUAAAACACGGUACCGUAUACCGUUUAUUUCUACCCUAAUACUACAAUUUGUUUGAUUACCAUUUACUUUUAUUUUGUUGUUUACGUUACAUGAUAGCAACUGCCGAGUUUAUGUCCCCAUAUCAGUAUGUGUAUGUGGCCCCUGCCCGUCACAACAGUCAAUGCUUCUUAUCCGGACGCUACCUUACCUAGCUAAAGCAAUAUUUCAGUUAUCGACUUUUACAACGUUUGUGGAUUAUUCGACUAUUGCACAGUGCACAGAAGCUAUUAUUGGAAACGAAAAUAUUCUUCAAAACACGCAAAAAUCAUGGAGAAACAAAACUCUAAGCAAAAACAAUUUCAAUUCCACCACAAGCGAGAAACUUCUGCAGCAUGCAAACAAACAAAAAUCAAAUUACUUUAACGAAAUCCUGUAGCAGUAGAGAUUAAAAUUCGAAUAAAGCAUACUGUUAUUUAGAGUAAGGAAUCUGUAAAGUGAUAUAAGCGUAGGGAGGAAAAGAAAAGCCACAGCUAAACGUGUUUAACCCUCCCUCGUUACGGGGGAUGGAUGGUGGCAAAACACAGGCCCACUCUUGUAGGUGGCCUCUGUGUGUAGUGCCCUUGGGUAGAAGAUAAGAGACGAGACGCAGUGCUUUUAUUUCUAUUUCGUCUAUGCUACACUUAGUCGAUAAACGGGGCGCUGUCAAAGAGAGAAAAAAAAAGGAUACGUGUGGGGCUAGGAACGGACGGACUCGGAAGAUGUUCUAUGAUGAUGGUGCCCAAUAAUUGCGAGCUGCCUUAUAAAAGCAAAGUGGGAGUAAAGACUGAUUGAAAUAUAAACAAACAAACAAACAAAUAGCGGCUUCCGCCGUUGAGAGAUGAAGUGUAGGGAAGGACGGACCUGCCCCUGCCCAGUUUCUGAAGGUCCGUGUGCGCGUGUAGGUCAAAAUUAUUAUACAGAUAACAAAUUGUGUUCGGUUUAGGCUAGAGCUUACGUAGAACAGACACAGGGACACGAAUUUUGGUCCAACAUUCUAACCCUUAACAAUAGUUAUCCGCUAUCUCCGGUACUACAUGCAUGGGAUGUAACGAUCUGUCAUGCUCACUUUACAAUAUCGAUUAAAAUAUAGACGAAAAAGCCCUUUAAAGAAACUCAAACACAGCAACCAACAACCUUAAGCAACGUUGCGAACAAUUACAAAUAGAAAGAGACGAAACUUUUAACCUUCCUCAGAGCUUAUGGUAGUGCAGAACUUUUAACCUUUAAGCGGUAAAACGGUUGUUGAUGAAACAGAAUUUUCAAAUAGCAUGCAUCACUCGAGGUCAAAUUCUCUUUCACAGUAAUCUACACAUACAUCAUACUCCACGACUAGUGCACGGACGGUUAUUAGGAAUUAUGCGUAGGAGUGAGGAAAAACGGAGGAAAAACGGAGGAGGAAAAAAGAUUAGUAACAAAAGGAUAAAUUAUGCAAUAUAUUGAAUGUUUAUUUUAUGUUAUUACUUUUAUUAGUAUGGUAAUCCUUUAACGGUAAACGUUGCUGGCUAAGCUUAAGGUUGGACAGAUUUGAUCCAGUUAAGGCAGUUUAUUCGGACACCACUACAUAGAGCCCGGGGACCAUCUUUGAACACUUUGAAAUCAAUUCGACACGAUCAUUUCAGCUAGAUCCAGCAAACACACACACACAUGGAGUUCAAUUAUAACGCAUAAGACACACCCACAAUCAUUUAAUUAUGCUUUAGAAGGACAUAGUCUCUUUUAUAUUAUUUUAUUUUAUUUUUUUGUUAGAACUGUUUUAUCCAUUAAUUUUGGGUUCAACAGUAACUGUGACUGUUGUGCUGCAGUGCUCCUACAUCCUUCGUAUAUAGAUAUUCGUAAACACGGAAGGGAAAUUUUCAAACGCUUAAAAAACCUGUUGAGUUGUGUGAUUUUUCUACAUUGUUUUCUUUAUUUGCUUUUUUUCGUUUGUUUGUUUGUUUCGUUUUUGCGUCUAAACAUGCGCUCGCUCACAGGCCUUUUUGUUGUACUCUAGUGUACUAGCUAUUUACUAUCGUUAUUAGUUUGUUCUAUUACUCACACAUUUGUUUAAUGUGAUAGCUUCGUUUAAACGGCGGACAAUUUGUUGCGUUCCGCAGUUUUGUAGUAACAGUUUUUCCUAUCUUUUUUGUUUUGUUUAAUUUUUCUAUUUUUUUUUUUCGUUGCUCGGUCUGGUUCCAUUAUGUUACAACUAAAAGGCAAUGAAGUAUCAAAAUGGUGUUUCACUCCUGUCGACCCAAAUCGGAAUAUUUCAUUUAAAACUGGGCUAGAAAAUUUCCCUUCCACCCUUUUUUUUUGUUUGAUUUGAUUUGUUUUAGCAAAAUAAGUAAAUAAUCAACUAUCAUUCAGCUCCAGCAGAUUGACGCAUGAAAACUACACCCCGGUUUUUUAAGCAAAGUAGAGAACGACUCGAAAGCACUAAGCUUACACAUUGCCCAUUUUUUGUGUGUGUUAAAUUCGUACUUUUUACUACAUCGCUAUAUAAUCGGCUAGAAUUUAAUUAUUGAAUGUUACACAUUGCUCUAACUAAUAUAGUUCUUACGGUUCAAACCCAGCAUCAUCUAAUACUGUACCAGCUGCAGGCAAAGAGUAACAGCAACAUAUAACGUAUAACAUGAAUCCGGCUCGAUUGUUACUACUGACCCUUACAUACAUAGUGACGCUCAAGUUUGCGAAAAGCUACGAUCAAAAUGCUGCCGUUAUAAUUUAUAUUGUUUGAAUUUUACAUCUUACUCUUCCACCCAGAAAUGGGAGAAAUUUUAUGUUUUAGAUAAAGAAGAACAAAAAAACACCCCACGCGCCCUACGCGACCGUUGAUUUUGUGUGUUUUCACUUUAUUUUCAUUCUCAUGUAAGAAUAUACUAGCUCAGCAGCAGUUGUUCCGGUGUGUGAGGAAGGUCAGGUCAGCUGGUUAGUGCGCAGAAAAACCGUGCGUGCGUAGAAGCUCCGAUGCAACAAAAGUUUAGUUAGCGAAACGUUGCUAUAGAAACGAAUCCGCCAGCAAAAGCACAUUUAAACAGAAAAUAUGCCCGGAUGACACAGGAAUUAAUACCUUUUUCGUAAAAUAGCAGAUUAUUUUUAAGAUUGCUCCAUUUAUUGUGCAUAAAUAAAACUUUUAAAUGUAACCAAAUCUAUUACACACAAAAAAAAGUUGACGUACACACACACACAUACACUACAAUAUUUUGAAUGGUUUUUUGUUUCCUUUCAUUUCUUUCCUCAAUAUUAUAACAUUUACUCAAGCAAUCAGAACACUCGAAAGCUCCUUUCGAAAUAGAGCAGUUUCUUUCAAUUCACCCGCUGUUUUUCCUUUCUUUGAAUAAGCAUUUAUCUUAAGUUUGCCCUCCUCCGCAUCAACCGAUUGUGUGUUGAACCGUGUUCUAAGUGUAGUAGUAGUAAGACACAAAAUUGAAGCAAUAGUUGUGAGAACAUCUACAAUCGCACUAAGACAUAGUUGGAUUGUUAUUGAUAGAAUGAUAGAAUUCGGAUAAACAUAACUCAACGCAUCCUUCAAAACCCUUCGCAAACGUACACACAUACACAUACAUACAUAGCAGAACGCAGAAAUUAGCGAUAUGGUUCGUUCGUGUUCCGUUUGUUCUCAAAAAUCCACCGCCCAGCCCAAAAGUGUGGGAAAGUGACACCGUUUUCCCAACCCCAUUUGCCGUUCGUCUUUCAUACAAGUAGAAAAACAUGCCCGAUAAACCCCCGUUUUUUGCAUACAACCGAAAGCGGACAGAAAGCGCAAAGAGCAGCAACAGUUCAUGUUUCCCUUGAUUGUAUAAACUAAAACCAAACAGUAAAGUAACAACCACUACCAACGUAAACUACGAACCCACCACGCCGGGGGCUCCACGUGGGCUCCCCUAUCGGUGGCUACUAGAUGCUACUAGAAGGCCAGAAAGGAAGGCUAAGGACUCCGUUCGAGUUGAAUUUAACCAUCCCGCCCAUCACGACGUUGCGCCAUUUUUUUUUUUUUUUUUGUAGUAGCUUCUUUUUUGCAUCCUAUAUAUUAUCCGUUUUUCACAAACGACGACACAGCCUUUGUUGCUCUAUUCCGGUCGUAAGAAAGGGACACACAAGCUCGUUAUGCCAUUACCGAAACACCGCAUGGCGCGACUGCCACUAAGCUAUAUAUGUAUAACUUGUAAGGAAUCGAAGCAACCACAGCCCGCUGGUGGGGGGGGGGGGUGUGCAGUGAUCGCGUACCAACGUGGACCGAUGUUACACGCCUAAUUUCGCAAACAUUUCGACAUUCGUUUUCCGGUGUACCGAAGCUCUUGCGCGGAGUUUCGGAGCGGCCCCGGCCACAUCGCUCUAGCUACACGAUAAUAUCCUUGUAAUAAGCAAUACCGACGGAGAGGGCAUACCACUGAUGGGAUGAACUCAUCAUUUGAGCAGUUAGUUUAUCAGUUUUCGUUGAACGGUUUUUUGGUUAGCUGGAAGGUUUGAAGGUAGACUGAAAGUCUGCGAGCAAAAACACCACGAAAGAUUGAGAAGAAAAAGAGAACAAAAAGCUUAAAACAGAAACAAAAGAAGAAGAAAAAAAUACGUUAAAAUAAGCUCAAUCCACCACCACACUCACGGAUGAAGAAUGGCUGCAACAAAAAAAGAAAAGAAAAAAGAAAACACCCAAUGACCACAAUCAAUGGUGCCGGGAGCGAGAGAGACACACAGAGAAAGAGAGGGCGUACGGUAGAAUUGAUAACCGGAAUCCGAACGUGUUUGGACGAUUGGUCACACUGCAGAACCACAUCAUACUCCGACAACCGAUCAGUCGCAGGCAGGCAGGCAGUUGUUGUAUGGGGAGCCAGAUAGGAUGCGUUUUUUUAAGAUAAAAGGGCAGUAAUAGGGAUCGGUUGCGUGGAGGAGAGUUGAAGGAGGAGCAAAAAAAACGGUGGAGAAGAUAGGAGCGCAGGACUAGGAAGGAAGGAACACAGGUGAGAAAGAGAGAGACAGAGAGAGCAGACACAGGCCGUAGAGGAAUAGUUAGGGAAGGACAGAAAUAAAAGGAAAACAUCAACCACCUUUGUAACUGCUCUAUAUACGAAAGAAAACUAAAAAUAAAAAAUAAAUGUUAUAAUAAUCGA